AUGUCCCAAAAACAAUUGACUCCCAAAAAACACGCCUUAGAGGCACGGAAAUGGUCACACAAGACUGCCAAGGCCCUGGCCCUCAGCCCUGACUCACCACAUCCGCAUCGACACACCAGCAAGCAAUCGCACCGAUACACUAACUAUAAACAACCCACGAACACCCAGAGGCCACGUCAUAGGGAAAAGUGGGUUCAAGACUCCCAGACAGAAUCCAGAGUACGAUCGGAGAAGCCG